AGAUCAUGGAAUCAUCUGGUACACCCUCAGUGACCUUAAUAGUAGGCAGUGGUCUUUCAUGCUUGGCCUUGAUCACGCUAGCAGUUGUCUAUGCAGCGCUAUGGAGGUACAUCAGAUCUGAGAGGUCAAUAAUUCUAAUCAAUUUCUGCCUGUCUAUUAUCUCAUCAAAUAUCCUUAUCCUGGUUGGACAAACUCAGACACAUAACAAGGGCAUCUGCACCACAACCACCGCAUUUUUACACUUCUUCUUCUUAGCUUCAUUCUGUUGGGUUUUGACAGAAGCGUGGCAGUCAUAUAUGGCUGUUACUGGAAAAAUUAGGACACGGCUUAUAAGGAAACGUUUCCUGUGCCUUGGAUGGGGUUUACCAGCAUUAGUGGUUGCCAUAUCAAUAGGCUUUACCAAGACAAAAGGAUAUGGAACAGCACACUAUUGUUGGCUGUCUCUUGAAGGAGGGCUACUUUAUGCUUUCGUUGGACCUGCAGCUGCUGUUGUAUUGGUCAACAUGGUGAUUGGCAUUUUGGUAUUUAAUAAACUUGUUUCCAGAGAUGGAAUCCUAGAUAAAAAGCUCAAACACAGAGCGGGUCAGAUGAGUGAGCCUCAUAGCGGUUUGACGCUCAAAUGUGCCAAGUGUGGAGUAGUUUCAACAACAGCUUUGUCAGCCACCACCGCCAGUAAUGCCAUGGCAUCCCUUUGGAGCUCGUGUGUGGUGUUGCCACUUCUAGCCCUGACUUGGAUGUCUGCAGUUCUGGCCAUGACAGACAAAAGAUCAAUAUUAUUUCAGAUACUUUUUGCAGUAUUUGAUUCAUUACAAGGCUUUGUUAUUGUCAUGGUCCAUUGUAUUCUCCGAAGGGAGGUCCAAGAUGCAUUCAGAUGUCGACUGAGAAAUUGCCAGGAUCCAAUCAAUGCAGAUUCUUCAAGUUCUUUUCCUAAUGGACAUGCUCAAAUCAUGACUGAUUUUGAAAAAGACGUGGACAUUGCUUGUCGGUCAGUUCUACAUAAAGACAUCGGACCUUGCAGAGCAGCUACCAUAACAGGAACACUUUCAAGAAUUUCACUAAAUGAUGAAGAGGAAGAGAAGGGACCAAACCCUGAAGGAAUGAGCUAUUCCACCUUGCCUGGAAACAUCAUCUCCAAAGUCAUUAUCCAGCAACCAACAGGCCUCCAUAUGCCCAUGAGUAUGAGUGAACUGGCCAAUCAGUGCUUGAAAAAAGACAACAGCGAGUUGCGGAGGACUGUGUAUUUAUGCACUGAUGAUAAUUUGAGAGGUGCAGAUAUGGACAUAGUCCAUCCUCAAGAACGGAUGAUAGAAAGCGACUAUAUAGUCAUGCCCCGGGGCUCAGUAAAUACCCAGCCAUCACUGAAAGAUGAGAGCAAAAUGAAUAUAGGCAUGGAUACGUUGCCUCAUGAAAGACUGUUGCACUACAAAGUUAAUCCAGAGUUCAACAUGAACCCCUCUGUAAUGGACCAAUUUAAUAUCAAUUUAGACCAGCAUCUUCCCCCCCAAGAACAUAUGCAGAAUUUACCAUUUGAGCCCCGCACAGCAGUGAAGAAUUUCAUUGCCUCAGAACUGGAUGACACUGCAGGAUUAUCAAGAAGUGAAACUGGAUCCACAAUAUCAAUGAGCUCUUUAGAGAGAAGAAAAUCACGUUAUUCGGACCUUGACUUUGAAAAGGUCAUGCAUACAAGAAAGAGACACAUGGAAUUGUUUCAAGAGUUAAAUCAGAAAUUUCAGACGUUGGACAGAUUUCGGGAUGUACCAAAAUCAGGCAGUAUGGAGAACUCAGCACCAAGCAAGGCUCCAUGGGACAGUUUCAAAACUACAGGCGACUACCAACACUAUACAACGAUAAACGUAUUAGACACAGAGGCAAAAGAUGCUUUAGAACUCAGACCAGCAGAAUGGGAGAAGUGUCUGAACUUGCCUUUAGAUGUGCAAGAAGGUGACUUCCAAACAGAAGUUUAACAAAACCGAAAAUGAACUGGACAGAACAAAGACAAAACAAAAAUAAUUCAUUGCACUGACAAUGAAGAGACUUUGGGAAUCCUGACGCUCCUGUCUGAACAUUGUGACUAUUUUAUGUCAGGCUCUUCCUGUGCCAAAUGUCAGUGCGUUUUUUCGUACAGUAUAUUCCCACUAGCGCGGCUAGUGGAGAACCAGGUGUACAAUUCUUACCAUCGUGUGUUGUAAGUACCCGUGGAAUGGAUUUGUAAGGUAAUCUUUAUAGAUAAACCUCAAGCAACGAUUCAUGUUGUAACAGCUUCAUUUGGUUUAGUUUUCAAAAAACUUCACCAUGAAGCACAAUGUAUAUAUUUAUGCAGUUUUUAAAGUUUAUAACAGUCUGUUUGGCCAUUACUACACUUUUUACUUUAUAAUAUAAAAGCAAAGUUUUUGUCAUUAAAUGAAUGUCUGUUGAGCUACAUUCUUCAUUGCUUUAAAUGCAAUAAAGUAAUAAUCUCACUUUUAUAUGAAUAAUAUAUUUCACAUCUUUAUUAUUGCAGUUUUCUCUGGAAAGCUCAGAGUAGCUUUCCCUGCUGCAACUGUGUAUAAAAUAUUUAAAAUGUUGUAUGGUGUAAAUAAACCUUUGUCUACA